AUGCGACGCGCAUGAAAGCUCCCAACAAGCAAUGAACACCUCCUAGCUUUAGCCAACAACAUCUCCUCGCGUUGUUCUGUAACGUGCAGAGAUAGUUUACCGUUGUGUACGCAGUAGUUCUUCCGUUAAUCUGAGCAAAAGGUGCUUGGGAGAAGUGUUUCUCUAUUUCACCACUUUCACUUGAUCUAUUUUCGUAAGGACGCAAACGCUAAUUCCGGCGACAAAAUUUAUAGACUUAGCCGGAGUUUCCCUGUAUCUCUUAAUUUUCACACAACCUGCUCACGAUUAACGUGUAACUUUCUCUUUUACUUUUGUAGCGUCUACAACUUGUGAGAGCUAUAUUUUGCCGUAAAACCGAACAAUUGUCUUGGAUUUUGGCUGUUUAACUUUACUCACUAUCUUUGGAGUGUUUGAACUAAGUUCACGAUUACUGUCGUCUUGGUAUGAUUGACUCGGCAGCCAAGGAAAACACAAUUACGCCCAUCAUGAGUUUAGAAACCGAAGAGGCUUUAAAUUCUGGCGGAAAGUCCUGCGAGGAACAAAAGUGCAAGAAAAAUGCAACCGCAAACAUUAAGGUUGUAGAAAACGAGGACAGCGAGGCCCGUUUAGGCCAGACUCCUUCGGGUCAAAUCUUUGUCUUGCCUCACGACCCUCCUAACCGUCGUAGUAUUCUUGAAACGGUAGACUUCCGUGUUCCAAAGACGCCAUGGGACCUUGUGGUGGACGGUGUAAUUCUUGCACAAGUCCUGCUAUUUUUCGUAACUUCAGGUAUGGUCCGUAGGUUUCUUAUGCUUGGCUGUUUCUUCUUCUGGCGUGUUUCUUACGAUGCUGGUAUUGGCUAUCUUCUCCACAAGCAAUCGCAUCAACAGAAAAUUGUCGAUUGGAUUGUCGGAAUGGGUUUCUUCGACAAGACGAAUCAUCCUAAGCUUUAUGAAAUGACCAAGCGUCAACUCAAGGCCAAAAUGGACAGUAGCUAUGAUUUUGAGAAUUCUCCUGUUGAAUUCAAUGCGUGGCUUGUUUUCCGACACUUUGUUGAUUUGGUCCUCAUGUGUGAUUUUUGUUCCUACGUUUUAAUGGCAUGUGCAUGGUUGUGUUGGCCCAAAAUGAACUUUUUCGCGCACAUUCUUCGUAUCGGUGCCGGUUAUUUGUUACUCGUCUUUAACCUUUGGGUAAAAAUGGAUGCCCACCGUGUUGUACGUGAUUAUGCUUGGUACUGGGGCGACUUCUUUUUCCGUUUGCGCGGUACACUUGUGUUCAACGGUGUCUUUGAACUCGCACCUCAUCCUAUGUACUCUAUUGGUUAUGCCGGAUAUUAUGGUAUGAGUCUGAUUACCGGCAGCUACAUGGUUCUUUUCGCUAGUAUUGUGGCCCAUAUGGCUCAAUUUGCCUUUUUACUUUUUGUUGAGAAUCCUCAUAUCGCUCGUACUUACGGAAGCGACUCCUCAAAGGCGAAAGAAUUUUUACCUCAUGAUUUAGUGAAUGAGCCUCUCUUACCGGCCCAGAAGGACACAGUCGUUUUUUUCAACUUUGAUAUCACUCGCGUAUCUGACGUUGGACUUGCUCUCUUGUCUGUGUAUAGUAUUGUUCUUGUGUUGUUUACCCCAAACAGUAAUUACGCGCGUGCUUUGGCCGUUGGUCAAGCUUUUAUUUGGCGUGUUGCCCAUUCCUUGUUGCAUGGAUUCAUUUUGUCUCGGCAGUCGAAAACCAAAGCCUGGACCCGGCAUUUUAUUUCCCGUGGUAACUCUGCACUCGACGCUUGGGCCCAGUGGAAAGGCCUUUAUAAUCUUACUCUUUGUAUGUCUUAUAUUACAUUCAUUAUGGCUUCUUGGAAAAUGUACUCCUUCCCGACCAACUGGAUUUACGGUUCGGCUUUCUUCCGUCACGUUUUAGGUUUAACGUUUAUCGCCCUUCAUAUUUACACUUCGGUUUCGAUUUUUGACGAUCUCGGAAACUUUGGCUGGUUUUACGGUGAUUUCUUCCUUCCUGUUCAAUCUCCCAAGCUUAGUUACCGUGGUAUUUACCGUUAUCUGAAUAAUCCUGAGCGUUUCUUUGGAAGUGCCGCCUUCUGGGGUAUGGCCUUAAUUAGCAACUCUUCCUGGAUCUUUUUCCUCGCCCUUUUGGCUCAAGUUUCUACUCUUGGAAUCAUUCGGUUUGUUGAAAAGCCUCACAUGCAACGUAUUUAUGGUUCCGGAUUGAGAAAAGAAGCUGGCGUUGAAAAAACGAUUAAGCAAGCGACUCUGAAGUCGAAUAUUACUAUUCCCACUGCCUUGAAACAGCGUGUUAAAACCAUUACAAGCACCAUUGACAAAGUAAUUGAUCAAACUGCGGGUGCUGUCGAGGAGUUUUUGGAUACUGCCGGACCUAAGGUUCACGAGUUACUGCAUGAUACUAGUGCUCAUAUUCGUUAUCAAGCGCAAUUAAGUGUCUUGAAAGUUUUAGAUCCUCAUACGAAACAGUUAGGUCUUUCCAAUUACGGCUUGGAGGUUGAUGACCUUUCUGAUCGCAAAAUUCCAUUUGGUGCGCCUAUCCGCGUGAAGUGGAAUGCGCCUGCUAAUCAUUCUACACAUGACUGGAUUGGCCUCUACCGUGUUGGGGACAAUCCCAGUACUUCUGUAACUCAAACCUCUAGUCAGGGCCGUUGGUCUGCUGUACAGCCAGAUGUGUACAGUUCUCAUUCUAAAAGCAUUGAAUACCUUUCUCCUAACAAAGACAGUGGCGUUGUCUGUUUCUCUGAUGACCUUUUGUUUUGGAAACCUGGAAUGUACGAGUUCCGUUAUCACCAUUCUAAAAAUCAUGUCGUUAUGACUCGCUCUCAACCUUUCGAAAUUGUUUUGAGCCGCUGCGAUUCAGUAGUGUAUGAGGACAUUUUAACUGCACUGAAACCAAUCAUUUCCGCCUGUCUUCCUGGUGUUGAUUUGGAAGAUUCAAAAUUACCGUUGGAAGAUAUCUCAACGGAUCAAGCCAAGCGAAUUGUUCUUGCUAUUCGUUAUGCUUUUAAGCUUUCUUUUGAGCACAGAGUUGUAAAGGUUGAUGGCAAGGUAUCGGUUUUGGCGCGUCGUAUUUCUAAAGCAAAGAAAAUACUACAGUCCUUUUCUGACUCGUUUUCUGCUGAAAAGAAAACCGCCUAAUAUGCUUUAUGAUCAAUGAUUUAAUGGCGAUUGGUGUACUUCAUAAACCACCGGGUGACUGACUAUUUUGUUACAGCUACACAUUUUAAUUUCAGUACGCCCACUCAUGAUAAAUUGUGCUUAUUCAAUGAUUUGCUUCGUGAUUUCAACAAUGACUUAGACUUUUUUUAGAGGUUACGUAUAUACGUAGCUGAAAUGUUAUGAUUAUUUUUUUCUGUA